UGAGCACGGAGGCGUGGCUUGAGCGAGAACAGGAAGAGCUCCGAGAUAGACAACACAGAAAGCCGGUGUAUUUUUUGACUGGAUUUCUGCAAGAAAGGAAGCCUUAUGGCCGCGGGAGGGAUGAAACUGUCGAGUUUAUGCUGUCUGCUCUUAUGUUUAAUAGCGACAGUGCUCGCCGGGAGAGAUUUCUACAAGAUCCUCGGAGUAAGCAAAUCAGCAUCUAUCAAAGAGAUCAAAAAAGCCUACAGAAAGCUGGCCCUGCAGCUCCAUCCUGACCGAAACCAAGACGACCCCAAAGCGCAGGACAAAUUCGCAGAUCUUGGAGCGGCUUACGAGGUCCUGUCAGAUGAGGAGAAGAGGAAACAGUAUGAUGCUUAUGGAGAGGAGGGACUGAAAGAAGGUCAUCAUAGCUCACACGGUGAUAUAUUUUCUAGUUUCUUUGGGGACUUUGGGUUUAUGUUCGGUGGAAACAGACAGCAACAAGACCGAAACAUUCCAAGAGGAAACGACAUUGUGCUGGAUCUUGAGGUUACACUGGAGGAGGUUUAUUCUGGAAAUUUUGUAGAGGUGGUGCGAAACAAACCUGUUGCGAAAGAGGCUCCAGGCAAAAGGAAAUGCAACUGUCGCCAGGAGAUGAGAACCACACAGCUCGGGCCAGGCCGCUUCCAAAUGACCCAGGAAGUAGUCUGUGAUGAAUGCCCCAAUAUUAGGCUUGUGAAUGAAGAGAGGACACUAGAGGUGGAGAUCGAGCAGGGAGUCAGGGAUGAGAUGGAGUACCCCUUUAUUGGUGAAGGUGAACCCCAUAUUGAUGGAGAGCCUGGCGAUCUUCGAUUCCGCAUCAAAGUCUUGAAGCACCCAGUGUUCGAGCGCAGAGGUGAUGACCUGUACACAAACGUCACCAUCACUCUGGUAGAGGCUCUGGUUGGCUUUGAAAUGUAUAUCCCACAUUUGGAUGGCCACAAGGUUCAUAUUGUUAGAGAUAAAAUUACUAAGCCUGGAGCUCGAAUCUGGAAGAAGGGUGAAGGACUUCCCAACUUUGACAACAACAAUAUCCGUGGAUCGCUUAUAAUAACCUUUGACAUAGACUUCCCCAAGGAGCAGUUUAAUGAAGAGGAGAAAGCUGAUAUAAAGCAGCUGUUGAAGCAGACACCAUCUCAGAAGGUUUACAACGGUUUACAGGGAUACUGACACACCAGCCAACAAAACCAGGACUGAUUACCCUGUCAAGUUCCAUACAACACAUAAACACACAAAAAAGAAGCAAGCAUGGAGUGUUUAUUUAUUUUCUCAGACUGUACUCAGGAUAGGUUGUCUGUACGUGUGGGUUUUUUUUUUAUUUUUGAUUUGGGACUUUUUUAAAACUGUUUUCUUGAAGUAAGGUUAUGGAAAGCAGCAAUUUUUUUUAUUAAACUUUUUUCUCCCAUUUUUUUCCUUGUUUAAGGCUUUUGUGAUUACAGUUUCAGUAUUUGCAUUACAGUUUAAUUGUUUUUCCCUCUUGGCCAACCACUACCCAGUCAUGUAUCAACAGUACAGGAACUGAGCUGCCACAGAAAAGCGCAAUGAGAAAGACUGAGGCUUUAUAUCAGAGGACACUUUUUUUUAGAAAUACCUGCCUCUGUACUGUAUGUUGUCAAAGCCGAAUAUUUCUCUUCCUAAUUUUUCAGAAAGGAUUUAUAUGAAUGUGUUGUUUAUUUGUAGAUGCUUAACCUUGUACCUCCUUUUUGGAGUAUUUUCUAUUUUUUUCCAUUUUGGGUCAUGCUUGUGAAUUGUAAGAUAUUUCAUCCAUCCUUUUCAAUUUUUAACAUGUCAGACAUCACCUCCAUGAUCUUGCCUAUGAUUAAAAGUUUUCAUCUGCUCCUGUUAAGUGUUUCCACCAAGGGACUACUGCACUAAAAUUGCCAGGUGCCCAAUAGAAGGAAAGUUUACAGUGAUCACCACAAGAUCUCAAUUAAAAGUUUAUAAUGAUGUUUCAAA